CGUCCGUCGUCUGCGCCUGCGCAACAACAGAACGGAACAGCAGAGGGGGCUCCUGUUAUUAUUUCUGGGGGUACAGCUGCUGCUAAUGGGGGCGUUCCUCUACCAGAACCACCACCGCCACAGCCUUGCCCUCUUCUUGCGUGUCCUGAGACGGGACAGGCCAGCGGUGGGAGAAGAGUUGCCCUUUUUGGUCUCGGUCUCCUCUGCAGGGACGUCUUCCCAGGAUGUAUACGCCAACCUCAGCGAGAUCCACCCUGUGGACCGUAGGAAGGAGGACCUGCCCAGCUGCCCCCUCAUCUCCCCCUACAUCAAUGGCCCCUUGAGGGUGAUGAUCCCAGAGAACCUGACGAUGGAGCAGGUGGUGAAGAAGAACCCGCUGGUGGAGCUGGGAGGCCAGUACCAGCCUCCUGAUUGCUGGACACGACAUCACACGGCGGUCGUGGUGCCCUACUUUGGGCAAGACCAGCACCUGCAGCACCUGCUCUUCCACCUGCACCCCUUCCUGCAGCGCCAGCAACUGCACUACGCCAUCUACGUGGUGAACCAGGUGCACAACACUGCCUUCAACCGGGGCAAGCUGCGCAACGUGGGGUUCUGGGAGGCCAUGCAGGAGGAGGAAUGGGACUGUGUCUUCUUCCAUGAUGUGAACCUCCUCCCAGAGGAUGACCGCAACCUCUACAUCUGCGACAUCUUCCCUGCCCAUGUGUCUGUGGCCAUCGACAAGUUCGACUACAAGCUACCCUACCGUGGUUACCUUGGGGGUGUGUUUGCCCUGCGUCCCAGUCACUACAUGAAGAUCAACGGCUUCCCCAAUUCGUACCAGGGCUGGGAUCAUGAGGACCAUGACAUCGCUGCCAGGCUGCAACUGAGCGGGAUGCUUCUCUCCCGACCCCAUCUGCUCUUCGGCCGCUACCACAUGCUGGAGGGGCAGGACCCCAGCCACCAGCGGAGCCCCCAAAGGCGUUAAUUCAGAGCCUCAAACUCUCAGGUUCUCUCCAUGUGGCUCUAAGUGCUGACCGCACACCCGCCGGGUCAUGAAAACCUGUGGCACAGGCACUGUUAGCAUCAUCCUUUAGAAACCCAGGGCAGAGGAGCUAAACACUUGUGUGACCGACAUUUGAUCAAAUUUGGGUACCUGGCUCCUAGGCCCAUGCCCCAGAAGAGCAGGCAGCCUGGCCGCUGUCCUGUAGCAACGAAAGCGGCAAGAACAAAUGAAUAGUAAAACCCGUUAGGGUGGUCCAGCCACUGAACAGAU